UCUUCUGAAAUUGUUCUAGUUUUCAGGCUUUGAAGGCAGGUUUUGCGUUGACUUCCUAGAAAUUCGUAAUUGAUCUGGCAAGCCUGUCUCUGCCUGAGCACGAUCACCUCUAAAGUAGCUGGGCAGCACCUUUUUAAGGAAGAGGAGGAUGGUUGCAGAUGUUUACGUUCAUGCAAGAAGGCACUGCAGAGGCUAAGAAGACGCAUGGAAAAUCUAAAGAAACAUCACUGAACUUGUGAGGCCAGAUUUGAAGCUCAGAUGUCAGACACUGAGGUUGCCAGUACCUCUGAGGCUGCCAGUACCGCUGGGUCGAUAGUCCAUGUGUUGGAUGAUGCACCGCCAUUGAUCAGAACAGACAGCAUAUUCUUGACCAAAGCUAUGCUUGGAUACAAGACUGAUGACUCAAUAACCAGCAUUGACAACAGUGAAGAUGAUUAUGUCCCAAGGUCAUCAGAGGAAGACGAUUCCGAUGAAUUUUCAGAACCAAAGACAAGGGUGGACAGCAGUAAACACGAUGAUCUAGUCUCAGAGGGAGACAGUUCAGAUAAAUUAGCGGGUGUCAAGAGAAAGAAGCAAUACAAGAAGACUAUCAAGAGAUGCAGAAGUUCCUCAGAAGAAAACAGCUCAAAUGGAGAAUCAGAACUCAAGAGAAUGAAGCGAUACGAAAAUACUUAUAAGAGAUGUACUAGUUCCCCAAAGUCGAACACUAGCAGUGAAUCAUUGCUUGUAAUGAAUGUCUCAGAAGUAGAUGGAUCCAAAAAGUACCACCAAAAAAAGCACUUCUGUCUGUUUUGCGAGCAACCGCAAUCCAAAAUCGCCCGUCAUUUAGAACAUAAACAUGGGGAUGAAAUGGAAGUAGCUACUGCACUUCAGUUUGCAAAGAAGUCAAAAGCUAGGAGACUUCAGCUGAAUCUCCUUCGCAAGAAGGGGAAUCGGGCACACAACAUUCAGGCACUUAAAGAAGGAAAGGGGGUUUUGGUACCAUGUAAGCAAACAAGUGAUGACAAGAGCAAUCAACAGGACUAUCAGCAUUGUUUUGCCUGCCAUGGGCUCUUUAAACGCAAAUCUAUGUGGAGGCAUGUGGCAAGGUGCACACUAGCACAAAAUGUUCGUAAGGAGAUGCCUGGCAAAACCAGAAUACAGGCACUCUGUGCUAGUGCUCAACCGGUUGUUAAAGGAGUCAGCGAGAAGGUCUGGAAACUGGUGAGUAACAUGGCUCAAGAUGAUGUAGCCCAUGCAGUAAAAGAAGACAGAUACAUCUUGGCAUUGGGUGAAAAAAUGUACAACAAGAAAUGGGAGAACCCCUCACAACACCAGCACAUUCGUCAAACUUUGCGAGAACUAGGGAGACUCGUGAUUAAAGGUAGAAAGGUGACACCACUGAAAAAGAUGAAGGAUUAUAUCAACCCACAACACUUCCAAUACAUCAUAAAAGCUGUCAAAGAAGUGACUGGCUUUGAUGAAAAGACAAACAAAUUUGAAAAAGCAACCUUGGCCACAAAGCUUGGGCAAAGCAUCCAGAAAAUUGCAGACGUCAUGGAGGGUGAAGCUCUUAUUACCCAGAAUGAAGAAAAGUUGAAGCUAGUCCGAGACUUCCAAGGCAUCUACCGUCUUCGCUGGAAUGAAAUGAUCUCUUUUGCUGCAUAUCGUACACGAACAGAGGAAAUGGAACGCACCGCAGCUUAUUCCAUUAGCAGAUGAUGUUAAAAAAAUGGACAUGUACUUAGAUGAAAAGCAGAAACAAUACUACAACCAACUGUGCGAUGAGAAAACCUCAAGAAAAUGGUGCAAUCUAGCAAAAGUGAUACUGGCUCAGAUGAUUAUCUUCAACAGGAAAAGAGAGGGAGAGGUGUCAAAGAUGUCUGUGGCAACAUUUCACUCCAGGGACAAAUCCCCACUUAACACAGAUGUUGCAGUGGCGCUAACAGAGGUUGAGAGACUGCUCUGUGCGCAUUUUGAACGCAUCAAAACCUGUGGGAAGCGUGGCAGGAAGGUGCCUGUAUUCCUCACUCCAGUGAUGGUGGAAUCUUUAGAGCUGCUUAUCAAAGAGCGGUGCUCAUGUGGAGUGAGCGAAGGUAAUAUCUACUUAUUUGCCAGGCCAGGAUAUGAUACACAUUUUCGGGGGAAUGACUGCAUCCGCGUCUAUGCCAAACAAUGUGGUGCCAAGUUACCUGAAGCAUUGUCAUCAACUAAACUACGAAAACAGGUUACCACCCUCUCUAGAGUGUUAAAUCUCAAUGAUACAGAACAGGACCAGUUUGCUGACUUCUUGGGUCACGACAUUCGGAUUCAUCGAAAGUUCUACCGUCUUCCAGAGGGAACGCUUCAGUUGGCAAAAAUAAGUAAAAUACUGAUGGCGUGUGAACAGGGCAGAUUGGCAGAGUUCAAGGGGAAAACUCUGGAUCAAAUAACCAUCAGCCCCAGUGGUAAGUUUACCCCCAGUGUUUAGUUUAAUGGCAAAAUGUUUACACUUUGAUUUGUUUUGCGCAGAUUUAGCUUGCCUCAAUUUACCAUUCUUCUUUUGGCUGUCUUUUACAAACUGUUAUGUCUGAAGAAAUGGAUGCUGCAGUCACUGAUUGCGCAUCAGAGAGUGACUCUGAGAGAGAGGAGUCGUCUGAAAAAUCCUAUGAAGGAAAUCUGACAGGAGAGAUGUCAGCAAUUCGGGCCAAACAGCCAAUGACCAAGGGAAAGCUGGGACAAAAGAGAGGCCCACACGGUAAGCAUGUUUCCUGCUGCCUUCAGUCAGUGCGUUUUCACUCUGUAGUGUCAACCUAUGGCUGUACUGUGCUGGUCCAGAUCAAUUCUGUCCUCAUCAGUUAGUGUAUUUCCAACCAUGCCAGCACAGAACGGUUGAGUUUGGAUUGUACACAAGUCAAGAUCUGGAAUUAGUGUGUCAGGAUAGAUGAUAACACAGAAGGAUUACCACACUUUAGAUUGUUUUUCUUGGAGGUAGGGAACUUGAUUUAAUACUUAUUGCUUUUAUUAGAAGGUUUACAUUGCAAACAGAUUGUUGGGCUUAGAUUCCAUACAGAUUGAGUCUGCCUUGAUGUCAGCAUUGCACAUUCUUCUCUCACACGCUUAUCUAUGUAGUUAUUUAGUUAGGAUUGUUAGCUUAACUUCAACACACUCACUGAAUAUACAGCUGCAACCUUGUAGAGUUAAUAGAAAGAGAGGUUCAAGUUCAUUGUAGUCAUCCUUUUAAUUUUUGUAAUUUUUUUGUGGCCUAAUGUAGUCAUGUAUAAUGCAAUCUCUUUCCAAAGGUGCCAAAGGAACAAAAAGGUAUUGGUCGACAAUAGAGGUGGAUGCAGUUGAAGAUUCCUUGAUGAAUUUUAUCCGAAUGGGAAAAACGCCUGGAAAACAAGACUGUGAGAAAUGCAUUGCUGCUUCUCCCCAAGCACUAGUAAACAGGGACUGGAGAGCGGUGAAGUUCUAUGUACACAACAGAAUAAUUGCAGAUCAGAGAAAAUAAGUGUAGACUAUGGUUCUGCUCUAUCCAGAUUUUAAUUUCUUAUAUAGUAGCUACCAACUGAAUGUCACUUUUGUUUUCUUUGUGAUCUUGGGUUUCUUAGCCUGUAUUACAUUGGAGAAAUUAAAGUCCUUAAAUGGUUAUUCCUUAGU